AAAAAAACAAAGAAACCAUUUAUAUAUCUCUCUCUUUUCACUUUCACUAUCCGUUUCUCUCUCCACAACUUUCCCUGGAAAAUUGAGAGCUUCUUCUGAUCCCUCUAGAAAAUUGAAAAGAAAAAAGCAGUUUGCUUUGUUAUUUUUAACUUCGUGGCCUUUCCUAAAGACGCCUUUUGAGAUCUACUUGCUUCGUAUACUAGAUACAGAUUGCAGAGAGAGGAGGACGAGAGAGGUGCAUACAUAGAUAAACACAAGAGAUUGAGAGAAGACAGAGCACAGAAGAUCCGAGCUGCGGGUUUCUGAUUUUCUUUUGUUUGUGAGUCGUUUCUGUAUUUGAAGCACUGGACUAAUUUGUUUACUGAAGCAGUGGUGGGCAUCAAGGAGAGAUAGCAUUUCAAAUAAUUUGUGGAAGUUUCACGUGAAUUGGUCUAGAAAGCAACUCAUGGUCAGGAGAUGAUUGGGGUAUCUAGCAGGAAGUCGUGCAGUCGCUCCAUGAUAGCAUGCAACUAAAUUUAAAUUCAAGGAUUCCAUUGGUAUCUGAUGAUCACAGCUAAUGUUGGAAUUUGCUGCUAGCUGGCUUUCGUAUUAAUAUUUCCACAGGGAGAUUUCGCUGAUUUGAUCUUUCCAAUUGCAUUUCCUAGGGCUGCAAGAUGUUGUUUGAUACGCUUUUACUGCUUAAUUAUGUGCUUCAAAUAAUUGGAUUUGGCCUUGGCUUUACUGAUUCAAAGCAUGUUCAUUUAAUUGACUUCUAGUGUUCCCUUAUCCGUGAUGUUAUGGAACAAACUCUCAGAUGUGCAGAUUUAAGCAGCUAAUAGCAAUGUAAUUUAUUUGGCUUGACAUUCAUUGAGGGCGUUAUUCUUUUGCUUUGAACUUUAUUUUAGAAUCAUCUUGCUCUGGUACUUGGAGUUUGCUUGUAGUACCAAUCAGUGAUAUGGAGACUGAUCUUGUAAAUGCUAGCAAUCUACCGGGUAUUUUUCGUCAACUGCUUCCUGCUGUUGGGCCGGGACUUUUGAUUGCAAUUGGAUAUGUUGACCCUGGAAAGUGGGCAGCAACUGUUGAAGGAGGUGCUCGUUUUGGGUAUGAUUUGGUGGUGCCUAUGCUCAUUUUCAGUUUUGCUGCUAUUUUAUGCCAAUAUCUGUCGGCUCGAAUUGGUGUUGUCACUGGAAGAGAACUUGCACAGAUUUGCUCUGACGAAUAUGACAAGUUCACGUGCAUGUUUCUUGGAGUUCAAACAGCACUUUCUUUGAUUGCAUUGGACCUCACUACGAUCCUUGGCAUUGCCCACAGUCUUAAUCUUCUAUUUGGGGUGGACUUGUCUACUGGGGUUUUUUUAACUGCUGUUGAUGCUAUUUUAUUUCCACUUUUUGCCACCCUCCUGGAGAGAUGCAAGGCAAGUUUCCUAUGCACAUGCAUGGCUGGCUUUGUGUUGCUUUUUUAUUUUCUUGUAGUGCUUACCAGUCAAACAGAAAUCCCAUUUUCCAAUUCAAUGAAUGGAAUGCCAUCAAACUUAAGUGAGGAAAGUGCAUUUGCGCUGAUGAGUCUUCUUGGAGCGAAUAUUAUGCCUCAUAAUUUUUACCUUCAUUCAUCUUUUGUGCUGCAGCAUCAGGGCUAUCAGAAGAAUACCUCUAAAGAUGCCUUGUGUCAUCACCAUUUUUUUGCCAUCUUAUGCAUCUUUAGUGGCAUUUAUCUGGUGAAUUAUGUGCUUAUGAACUCAGCUGCAAGUGUGUUCAACAGUACUGGCCUUGUUUUGCUUACUUUUCCUGAUGCAAUGUCACUAAUGGAACAGGUAUUCAGAAGUCCUGUGGCACCCCUUGCCUUUUUAAUAGUUUUGUAUCUUACAAGUCAAAUCACAGCGUUGAGCUGGAAUCUUGGUGGACAAGUAGUCUUACAUGAUUUCCUCAGACUAGAGCUGCCUAAUUGGCUUCGACAUGCAACAAUCAGAGUUAUUGCAAUUGUUCCAGCUCUUUAUUGUGUGUGGACGUCAGGAGUAGAAGGAAUAUACCAGUUGCUGAUUUUUACACAGGUUAUGAUUGCCUUGCUGCUUCCAUCUUCUGUGAUCCCACUUUUCCGGGUUGCAUCAUCAAUGCCAAUUAUGGGUGUCUAUAAAAUUUCUCAGCUUUUGGAGUUUGUGGCAGUGAUUACUUUCAUGGGUUUGUUAGGCUUAAAGAUCAUAUUUGUGGUGGAAAUGAUUUUUGGUGACAGUGAUUGGGUUGGUAAUUUGAUGUGGAACAUGGGUAGUGGUGCAUCAGUUGCUUACACUGCACUUCUCUUAACUGCUUGUUCAUCAUUUUGUCUAAUGCUUUGGUUAGCAGCAACACCAUUGAAAUCUGCAACUCGCUUGGAUGCUCAGGUAAUGAACUGGGAAGUACCCAAUGCACCUGAACCAUCCACAUGGAGGGAGGAAAGUUAUUUAUCUGAAACUAUACAUGAAGUGGAACCCAUUCAAAAUCAGGAAGAAUUACCAGAUCCAGGGAAUUCCAUGGAGAGUUAUUCAGAUAUAACUGUUCCAAAAGCUGAACCUGAUUUGCCAGAGACAAUAAUUGAAUCUGAUCAGGAACUGCAUUUGAAAACCAUUGAUGAAAGUCAUUCUGAUGUUAAGUUUUGUAGCCUGCCAAUAGUAUAUCAAGAGGAAUCAACUUCCACAAUAGACUCGGUAUCCAUAUCAACUUCUCUCGAUGAAGUUGUUGAUGGUGAUCUGCCAGAGUCUGUUAUGGUUAAGGAUGAGUCGAUGGAACCAAUUGAAAAGACUGUCGGGAUAGAGGGAGAUUUACAGGCUGAAAAGGAGGAUGCUGAGGGUGACACUUGGCAGCAUGUAGAAUCAUCCAAAGUGGUUCCUGUAAACACCUCAUCUCUGACAUCUGAUGGUCCUCCAUCAUUUAGGAGUCUAAGUGGAAAAAGCGACGAAAGUGGAAAUGGUGCUGGAAGUCUUUCAAGAUUAGCUGGGUUGGGGCGAGCUGCAAGGCGCCAAUUAGCUGCAGUGCUUGAUGAAUUUUGGGGACAGUUGUAUGAUUUUCAUGGGCAAGCAACUCAAGAAGCGAAGAACAAGAAACUGGAUGUGUUGCUGUCUGAUUCCAAGUUUACAUGUUCCUCGCUGAAAAUGGAUGCUAAUGAAAAAGAAUUUGCUGGAUGUUAUCCAUCUAUAGGACGCAGGGGAAUCGAUUCUGCGGUGAAUACUAAUUUUUGCAACUCCCCCAAGCAGCUGAGGCUGCAAAGCAGCACGGACUCAUCAUAUGGAGUUCAAAGGGGAUCGUCCUCAUUGUGGUCCAGCCACAUGCAAUUGCUGGAUGCAUAUGUUCAAGGUUCCAACCGCAAUGCUGUCGACUCUUCAGAGAGACGGUAUUCUAGUGUGCGCACACUUCCUUCUUCUGAUGGCUGGGAUAGUCAACCAGCUACAGUACAUGGUUAUCAGAUUGCAUCUAUAAUAAAUAAAAUUGCUAAGGACAGAAGUUCCAAUUGCGUGAAUGGUCAGAUGGAGUCCCCAGCUCCAAUAUCCCCAUCUUUGGGCCCUAGAAACUAUAGGGACCCACUUGCAGUUGCCUUGGGGCAAAAAUUGCAAAAUGGAUUAAGUUCUCCACAAGCCUCAAGGUAUCAGAACUUUGCAGCACCUGUAAACAGCCCACUGCAAUCAGAAAGAGCAUAUAAUGAUGUUUGCUCUUCUGGAUCUGUUGAUAACACAGGGAUGUCAGCCAAUGCAAAGAAAUAUCAUAGUUUGCCGGACAUUUCAGGAUUUUCUGGUCCUUAUAGGGAUAUGUAUAUGUCUGAAAAGAGUACUCAGUGGGGCAAUACUCUUGGAUUUGGAGUAACUGUUGGGAGAACGAGUUAUGAGCCUUCCUUGUAUUCAAAUUCUGGAUCAGGAGUGCGAGGUUCUUUGGCUUUUGAUGAUGUAUCAAAAAGGUACGGUGAUGCAUUCUCCUAUUCUAUGAGUUCGGACCAUGGCUCCAUCUGGUCCAAACAGCCAUAUGAGCAGUUUGGCAUUGCGGGUAAAAGUCGUGCUGUUUGGAGUGGGAUUGGGAAUAGGUCAAAUUCAAUUACUCCAGAGACUGUCUCCCUCGUGGAUUUGGAGGCUCAGCUUCUUCAAUCGUUCAGAUGUUGUAUUGUUAAGCUUUUGAAAUUGGAAGGGUCUGAUUGGCUGUUUAGUCAAAAUGAUGGAGCUGAUGAAGAUCUAAUUGAUCGUGUGGCUGCAAGGGAGAGGUGUUUGUAUGAAGUUGAAACGAGAGAGAUAAAUGGCUCAGUUCACAUGGGUGAGCCUCAGUAUUCGUAUUCUGACAGGAAGUCUGGUUCUUUAUUGAAGAAUGAUGAGGUUGGUAUAACCAACAUGCUGAUUUCCUCAGUUCCUAAUUGUGGAGAGGGUUGUGUUUAUCGAGCCGAUUUAAUAAUAAGCUUUGGGGUUUGGUGCAUUCACCGCAUUCUUGAUUUGUCACUCAUGGAAAGCCGGCCAGAGUUAUGGGGAAAAUACACUUAUGUGCUUAAUCGUCUUCAGGGGAUCGUAGACCUGGCAUUUUCGAAGCCCCGUAGUCCAAUUUCCCCAUGCUUCUGCCUUCAGCUCCCCUCAGCAUACCAGCGUAGGUCAAGCCCACCUGUACCGAAUGGAAUGUUGCCCCCUACUGCAAAACCAGGGAGGGGGAAAUGCACUACUGCAGCAAUGCUUCUUGACUUGAUCAAGGAUGUGGAGACUGCAAUAUCUUGCCGAAAGGGUCGAUCGGGCACUGCUGCGGGCGAUGUAGCUUUCCCAAAGGGAAAAGAAAAUUUGGCCUCUGUGCUUAAACGAUACAAAAGACGAUUAUCCAACAAGCUAAGUGGGAAUAAAUGAAAAGGGUGUAGGUCAAGCAAGGUUGUGACAUAAGCUCCACAGAGUCUGCCUCAACCUAAGUUGGGUAACAUAAGGCUGCUGAAUUUUGAAAAGCAGCUGAUAAUACUCUGAUCAGAAGUUAAGUUCAGUAUGGGGCUUUCUCUUGUGUAUUAAAAAGUGAAAAUGUGCUGCAAAUUUUACUUGGUUGUAUGUUAUAUAUAGAUAGGAAAGGUUAAGGGAUACGCAGUUUGCAGCAUAAUUAAAGAAAAUGGCAUUUUGUGGUUUCAGUAUCUACUUUUAAGCAAUGUAGAUUAUUGCAGUGGGUGGGGAGAAAAGUAUCUAGACCUAAUCUUUCCUACUAACAUGGUAUAUAUCUUUAGUUUCUCUACUGGCAAACUGACGAUGACUAUGAUUUUACAACAGGUUAUGUAAAACAGGGGCUUCAUUAUGUCAUUGUUCAGUUGCUCAUAUAUUUCUCAGGCACCGACUUUUGUAUGACAUGAGGGAUGGACAUAGAUAAACAUGGUUUGUUAACAGUUUAGCCUUCAACGGCCAAUAUUUUGUUGGAUUCUCAACAAACAUCAUAUCUACAAUGACACAUGAUUGAUUCUGAAACAA